AUGGUAAACCGAGCAAACAAACAAGCGACUCAAGGUAAUGUUCGUCGAUUAUUGUCUAUUCGCCGGAGCAGAACACAACAUGUUGUCAUAAGACCAUUAGCAGAAAUACCAAAAGAUGGAAAAUUAUCCCGUCGUUAUCGUCAUCAAUCACUUAAAAACCAAAAUAUUCUUCAAUCAAAAAAAGUCAAUGUUCAACAUGUUAUGAUUACUGGUAAAGUUCUUCCAUCACCAAAGAGCACUCGUUCUAAUAUUCAGAAAUCAACAGAUGCUAAUGACCAUAUGCAACGAGUUAAAUCUUUUAUCUGA